AUGCAGGCUGCAGCACAUGGUCCACAAGACACUGAGCCUGGCAAACAAAAGGCACAUCAUCCUUAUUCUAAGUCAAAAGACGGACAUGGGGGAGGCGGAGGCGGUGGUAAUAAUAAUAAUGGCGGGGGUGGAAAUAACGGUGGAGGAGGAGGAGGCAAUGGAGGCGGCGGAGGCAACGGUGAUGGCGGGGGCGGUGAAGGUGGCGGUGGCGGAGGCGCUCCACAAACUUGCCCGCGACCCUCUCCUGAAGCCAUAAGAUGUCUGCAACAGUGGGCGUGUCAGCAGGUUAUACGUCUGGAUCUGCGCUGUCUGUUGAAUCUCAAUGGCAACAAUCUGCUGGGGAAUCUUAUCAGCAUACCCGGCGUAACUGGCGGCGGAGCUGCAGCAGGCGGCGGUGGUAUAUUGGGCAGCAUAUUGGGUGGCUAA